AUGAUGACAGCUCUGGGGGUUUUCUGGCUGAUCCUCCUAAUUCUCACUGGGAUGUCUGGGACCUUCCUAAACUCAUUGGUUGUGGUCAUGUGUUUUGGCCUCUGGAGGAGGAUGAGUGAUUUGUGCAAUUUUAAUGGCAUUCUGCUGAUUAUUGGCCUUGUAAACCUCUUCUACCAAUGGUGCCUGACACUCGAUAAUGUCUUCAAAUAUUCUGACAUCUAUGAAACUUUUGACAAGAGAUUGUGCCUCUGUCUCUUCUACCUCCAGUUCACACUGGUUGGAGUCAGUCUGUGGAACACCGCCUGGCUGGCCAUAUUCUACUGUGUCAGGCUACUCAACUACUCCCACUGGCUGUUCCUCCAGGUGAAAGAGAAGUUCUCGUCCUUUUUACCUCAGCUGAUGGUGGGUUCAGUACUUUGGUCAGCAUUUAUUACCAUGCCGCUGUUCUGGGAGACUACCAUGGAAAUCGCUCAAAAUCAAACCGAAAAACGAAAUGUCUGCCAUUAUAACGUGAAUGCUUAUUACAUCAUCCUCAGGCCAACACUUGGAUUUUGCAUUCCUUUUCUUCUGACUUGUCUCUCCAUUGGGCUCAGUGUCAGGACUUUGGUGAGACACAUCAACAGGAUGCGCAAAUUCCACAUCACGUCUCCCCAGCUCCAAGGACAUUUCCGGGCCGCCAAGGUAAUGGUCACACAUGUGUACUUAGAAAUAUCCUUCUCUGUUGUUAUAAUAAUCCGAACCUGUACAUUGAGGUCAAACUCUAUCAUUGAAGGCAUCUACUGGGCCAAUAUCCUCCUCUACCCAACUUCUCAAGCUCUUAUUUUAAUCUUUGGAAAUCCAAAUUUAAAGAGGAAACUAUUUGCUUGUCUCACAUUAUGGAAAUGUCUGGAGAAUUGGAUGUAA